AUGCUUUCAAUACCACCCACUCGACGGCGAAGAGGCCAGCCCACCUCCUCCGCGUUCUCCUCUGCAAGUGCUCCAAUAGCAGGAGUUUCUUCGACGGUUGCCGGUGCGGAUGACUCCAUCGCUGCUGCUCCUUCCUCAGCCCACGUCACGGUGGCUGCCUCGUGGCACGGAGGGGUCGACCUUCUCUCUCUCGCCAUGGCCAGCUUCUCCUCGAGAGCAGCGUACUAG